AGGCCCCGCCUCGGCCCGCCUCUCCGUGCGCUCCCCGGGUCGCCGAGAUACCAAGCCGGUACCUUAGCCGUGUCUGAGAGGCGGAGGCUCCACGAGCCCUGAGCGCUCAGCUCGGCUCGGCCCGCACUCCCCGCCUCCGCCUCCUCGGACCGGCGGCGGUGGCGGGCGAGCUUGCGGGCCCGGCCGCCCCCCUAGCCCCCGCCCCGCCGGGCCCCGCCCCCCGCCGAGUGCAUGAGGUUGACGCUACUUUGUUGCACCUGGAGGGAAGAACGUAUGGGAGAGGAAGGAAGCGAGUUGCCCGUGUGUGCAAGCUGUGGCCAGAGGAUUUAUGAUGGCCAAUACCUCCAGGCCCUGAGUGCUGACUGGCAUGCAGACUGCUUCAGGUGUUGUGAAUGCAGUGCCUCCCUGUCACACCAGUACUACGAGAAGGACGGACAGCUCUUCUGCAAGAAGGACUACUGGGCCCGCUAUGGCGAGUCGUGCCACGGGUGCUCAGAGCACAUCACCAAGGGGUUGGUCAUGGUGGCCGGGGAGCUGAAGUACCAUCCCGAGUGCUUCAUCUGCCUCACGUGUGGGACCUUCAUCGGAGACGGGGACACCUACACGCUGGUGGAGCAUUCCAAACUGUACUGCGGGCACUGCUACUACCAGACUGUGGUGACCCCCGUCAUUGAGCAGAUCCUGCCUGACUCCCCUGGCUCCCACCUGCCCCACACGGUCACGCUGGUGUCCAUCCCCGCCUCUGCCCAUGGCAAACGAGGCCUCUCCGUCUCCAUCGACCCCCCCCAUGGCCCACCCGGCUGCGGCACAGAGCACUCCCACACUGUCCGCGUCCAGGGAGUGGACCCAGGCUGCAUGAGCCCAGAUGUGAAGAACUCCAUCCAUGUAGGAGACCGGAUCCUGGAAAUCAAUGGCACGCCCAUCCGAAACGUGCCCCUGGAUGAGAUUGACCUGCUCAUCCAGGAAACCAGCCGCCUGCUCCAGCUAACUCUUGAGCAUGACCCCCAUGACACGCUGAACAACGGGCCGGGGUCCGAACCCAGCCCCCUAGUCUCCCCUGUGCACACUUCCAGCGGGGAGGCUGGCAGCUCUGGCCAGCAGAGACCUGUCCUGAGGAGCUGCAGCAUUGACACGUCCCCGGGUGCCGGCUCGCUGGCCUCACCAGCCUCCCAGCGCAAGGACUUGGGUCGCUCUGAGUCCCUUCGCGUGGUCUGCCGUCCACACCGUAUCUUCCGGCCCUCGGACCUCAUCCAUGGGGAGGUGCUGGGCAAGGGCUGCUUCGGCCAGGCCAUUAAGGUGACACACCGGGAGACGGGCGAGGUGAUGGUGAUGAAGGAGCUGAUCCGAUUUGAUGAGGAGACCCAGAGGACCUUCCUCAAGGAGGUGAAGGUCAUGCGCUGCCUGGAGCACCCCAACGUGCUCAAGUUCAUCGGGGUGCUGUACAAGGACAAGAGGCUGAACUUCAUCACUGAGUACAUCAAGGGGGGCACUCUGCGGGGCAUCAUCAAGAGCAUGGACAGCCAGUACCCCUGGAGCCAGAGGGUGAGCUUCGCAAAGGACAUCGCCUCAGGAAUGGCCUACCUUCACUCCAUGAAUGUCAUCCACCGGGACCUCAACUCGCACAAUUGCCUGGUCCGCGAGAACAAGAACGUGGUGGUGGCCGACUUUGGGCUGGCCCGUCUCAUGGUGGAUGAGAAGACCCAGCCAGAGGACCUGCAGAGCCUCAAGAAGCCGGACCGCAGGAAGCGCUACACCGUGGUGGGCAACCCAUACUGGAUGGCACCUGAGAUGAUCAACGGCCGCAGCUAUGAUGAGAAGGUGGAUGUGUUUUCCUUUGGAAUUGUCCUGUGUGAGAUCAUCGGACGGGUAAAUGCAGACCCCGACUACCUGCCCCGUACCAUGGACUUUGGCCUCAAUGUGCGAGGCUUCCUGGACCGCUACUGCCCUCCAAACUGCCCCCCAAGCUUCUUCCCCAUCACUGUGCGCUGUUGCGAUUUGGACCCUGAGAAGAGGCCAUCCUUUGUGAAGCUGGAGCAGUGGUUGGAGGGCCUGCACAUGCACUUGGCCGGUCACCUCCCCCUGGGCCCGCAGCUGGAGCAACUGGACAGGGGCUUCUGGGAGACCUACAGGCGUGGCGAGAGUGGACUGCCUGCCCACCCCGAGGUCCCUGACUGACCUGGCCCACCCAGCUGCCCCUGUCCCCACCUCUGGAGAAUCCACCCUCACCAGAUCCAUCUCCAGUUGGUGGCCAGACAUGGAGCUCUCAGCCAGGGCAGCAGUGCCUGGACCCCUCCCUAGAGCCAGGCCCUGCCUUGCCUUCUGCCCCCGCGGAACACACCCUGUCCUCCCUCUGCCUCUGGCCCCGGAGCUGCCAGGCUGCACUCACCGUCACGUCGCCCUGCCUUACCUCUGUCUCAGUGGGGUCACCCUCACUCCUCCACGCAUGAGCUGGAUGCAGGGUGAGCUGUGCCCCUGCACGUGCCGUCCCAGCCGUCUGCACGCUAUACCCGCCCUCAGCUCCCUGGAGGAGGGCUGGGCUGGGAGGCAGCCUCCCAGGUGUGCCCUGUGGUGGCUGGGCACCCAGGCCCUGUGUACAGGAGAGACCCUGGCCCCGGGGACUGUCUAGGUGACAGCCAGUAAAGAUCCAAACCUCAGAGCAGAGAGGCUGAGCCUGGAGGUGCUGGCCAGGCAGUGGUCUUCCCUCUUGCCUUGGAUCUCCUUUGUUCCUUUGUCAAAGCCACUUUAAUGGGAAGCAGGUACCAGGCCUCAGGGUGGAGAGAGGUCCCAGGAGGAAGAGGGAGCCCCGGGCCAGUGGAGGAGGCUGUGCAGCAUGGGUGAGGCAGGUGUCCAGCACAGCACAGCCCUGUUCGUGAAGUUCACCUCUGUCCCCUCCCUGGCCUCUCCCAGCGACUGGAGCAACCCCGCCCCUCUUCUCAUACCCCUCUGUCCUCUGGGUUCUUUCUGUGUAAUCUAUUUUUUAAGAAGAGUUUGUAUUAUUUUUUCACACAGCUGUAGCAGCAGCUGCUGGAAGC